AUGUCUCUACCUACAGCCCCACCCAUCUUGGACUUUUCUCCAUUCUACGGAAAUGACAGCGACGCGAAAUCGAAGUUGAUCGAAGAGGUGCGCAAAUGUUGUCAUUACAAUGGCUUUUUCCAGAUCAUCGGCCACCGGGUCCCACUGGACUUGCAGCGCCGCGUCAUGAAUUGCUCCAAACGCUUCUUCGAUCUGCCUCUGGAAGAGAAAUUGAAAGUUGACAAAAAUCUCACCACAUUCAACAGAGGCUAUGAGCUCCUCCGAUCGCAAAUGCUAGAAGUCGGCACCGGCCCCGAGCUGAAAGAGGGACUGUACAUCGGCGAGGAAAUCCCCGAAAGCCACCCCUACUAUUUGGAAAAAAAGUUGAACAGUGGCCCCAAUCAAUGGCCACCUACUGUUCCUAACAAAGAGGAAUUCCAAGAAACAACCAUGGAAUACUACCACGCGGUGUUUGAUCUGGCAAAGGAUGUUCUAGGAGUUCUAGCUCAAACGCUGGGAGUUGACUCAACAUUCUUCAACCCUCUUACAGACGGAGCUGUCGCGACAAUGCGGUACCUGCACUACCCAGCUCAGCCACAGGAUACCGACGAUAAAUUGAACCGCGGCAUUGGAGCGCAUACCGAUUUUGGAUGUAUCACUCUCCUUCUCCAGGAUGAAGUCGAUGGUCUGCAAGUGCUAGAUGCGCCAUCAGGACAAUGGCUGGAUGUCAAACCCGUUCCCGGGGCGUACGUGGUAAAUCUGGGCAAUCUUUUCAUGCGAAUGGCGAACGACAAAUAUAAAUCCAACACCCAUCGUGUGAUCAACAAAUCCGGGCGAGAGAGAUACUCCAUUCCGUUCUUUUUCAGUGGAAACCCGGAUUAUAUCUGCGAGUGCUUGCCUAACUGUCGUGAAGAGGGUGAGCCUGCCAAAUACGGUCCUAUUACUGUGCAGGAUAUGGUGACGGCAUCUUACAAGGAGAGUUAUGGUCGCGCUGAGGAAUUCAAGAAGGUGUUGGAUUUAAAGAAAACAGAUGCUAUUCCGGUUGUUACUGCGGUCGGUGCUUAG